GAGGAGGAGGAGGAGGAGGAGGAGGAGGAGGAAGAGGGCGAGGAGGAGGAGGAGGAGGAGGAGGAGGGCGGGGAGGAGGGGGCUGCGUCGUCCUCGCGCGCCUGGCCGAGCUCGUCCCUUCCCCCCCUGGGGACGGCUGUCGCCCUGCGGCGAGCAGCUGCCGUCCCUGGGGGGGCCGGCGCAGAGCGCUGGAGGACCGCGCCGGCACCCACCUGCAGUGCAUGUGGACCGCUCGCGGCCCCCCAGACAGACAGAGGGAAAAGAAUGAGGAGGAGGAGAAGAGGAGGAGGAGGAGGGGACCAAAAGGAGCAGGGAGAGGUGCGGUGA